AGGUUGCCGUUCCGGAACGCGGCUGGGCUGCUGGUGUGACAGGCAGUAUGGGGUUCACGUUGGAGACCUUGAGAGAGGCUAUGAAGUACAUGUUAGAGUCGCAGGGGUUCGACCGAGUGCUCAACAAGAUGAAACUUCUUUCUGCAACUCCUGGAAGAGUUGUUUGUGAAAUGAAAGUAGAGGAGGAGCAUACAAACAGAGGUGGUACAUUACAUGGAGGCUUGACAGCCACGCUUGUGGAUGUGGUGUCAACAACAGCGUUGCUGUACACAGAAAGAGCAGUGCCAGGGGUCAGUGUGGACAUGAAUAUCACAUACACUUCUGCUGCUAAAGUUGGAGAAGAGAUACUGAUUACAGCUCAGAUUUUGAAGCAAGGAAGAAAUCUUGCAUUUGCCACCGUGGAUUUAACAAAUAAGGCAACGGGAAAGUUAAUUGCACAAGGUAGACAUACAAAGUAUCUAGGAAAUUAAUAUU